AUGCGGUUACCAUGUGUCCCUAGCCACGCAUUGAGAGGACUCCGGACACAAUCGUCCUUUUUCCGCAAUGGCCAGAGACACUCCCUGCACACCGAAACCAAGAAUUAUAAUGCAGCGGUCAUAGGCGGCGGCAUCACCGGCCUCACGGCGGCCGCUCGAUUGUCGCAGGACCCGGAAUGCUCGAAGGUGACACUGUAUGAGAAGUCUGGACGACUAGGGGGUUGGAUGCUGUCUGAGAGGAUUCCCGUGGACGGAGGGGAUGUCGUUUUUGAGUAUGGACCGCGGACCUUGAGGACUGCGGCACCUGCUUGUCUUCCGUUGAUUGAUUUGAUACUUGACAUGGACCUUCAUGAUGAAGUUCUUUUCACGAAGAAGAAUACCCCCGCCGCUCGCAAUCGCUAUAUCUACUACCCUGAUCACCUCGUCCGCAUGCCAGGCCCCGAUCCGGAGACGGGGGCUCUACAGAAUGCAAUAUCUAUCCUGGGAAGCGUGCUAUCCGAACCGGUAUUCAAAAACCUCAUCAAAGGCGUCGUCACAGAACCAUUGAAACUGGACCUCAUCCCGGGCCCUACAGACGAGUCCGUCGCGGAGUUCGUCGCUCGCAGACUCCACCCCGACGUCGCCGAUAACCUUGUAUCUGCGGUUAUGCAUGGUAUCUACGCAGGCGAUAUUGAUAAAUUGAGCGCGCAGGCUCUUCUGGGACAAAUUCGGACGUUUGAGACUCCGGACCGGGGUGUGAUCGGGUCCCUACUAAACAUCAAAAGUUCGGGGAGAGCGAUUGUGCGUGUGGAUGAUUCUUUGGCUCGGAGGAAUGCGGGUCCGUUGAAGAACAUUGAGUAUUGGAAGGUGCUGAAGACGUUGGUUGCGAGGUCUAGCGCGUUGACGUUCAAGAAUGGGGUUGGGCAGUUGUCUGAUGCUCUGGCUGCGGCUUUGGAUAGGGAUGAGAAGGUGGAGGUCAUCACUAAUGCUGAUGUUAGAGCUAUCAGUCAAAAUCCAGAGACGUCUGACUUGAUUGUCGACUAUGGAGAGCAAUCUCAAACAUACAACCGGGUCAUUGCUACCAACCCAGCUCCAAUCCUAGCUCAACAGCUCAGCCAAACCACACAGAAAGACCAAAAAUUCCCGCAAAGUACAAUCAAUUGUCUCAACCAGCACAACUAUGCAACUACAGUCAUGGUUGUCAAUCUAUACUACCCCAACCCAAAUCUUGUCCCCGUCACCGGUUUCGGCUACCUCAUCCCCCGAUCAAUACCCUACGACCAGAACCCAGAACGAGCACUAGGAGUUAUCUUCGGCUCCGACUCCAGUGUUGGCCAGGACACCGCCCCCGGCACCAAACUUACAGUAAUGUUCGGUGGCCACUGGUGGGACGACUGGAUAGAAUCCGACUACCCGGAUCACGACACAGCCGUGGAAAUGGCCCGCUCUCUCCUCAAACGGCACCUAAACAUCACAGACGAACCCACGCUCGCCCGCAGCAAACUGCAACGCAACGCCAUCCCCCAAUACACCGUGGGCCAUGUAUCGCGCAUGCAGGAGCUCUCACGGUCCGUCCGCAAUGACUUCAAUAAACGACUUACCCUGGCGGGAUCCUGGUAUGGCGGUGUUGGAAUCACAGACUGUGUCCGACAGGCGUAUAUUGCUGCGACGUUGGGUGUUGGAGCAAAGAAGUUGGACCUUGAGAUGAACAAUCCCGGGUUUGAUUCAGAGGAGUGGGUGUUGGAGGGUGGAUUGCCGAUGGCCCCGGUUCAGUGGGUUGAUGUUCCUCUAUCGGAACAGUAG